UUUGAGCUGAAGUUGGUGGUUAUCAUAAAACUUCAACCUUUGUACUCUAGAAUGUGAACUUUUUUUAAUUACUGAUCUGAAUCGGCCUUAGAAGAUCCAGUGCUUGUAAGAAUUUGUAGCCAGCUGGUCUUCUGCGCUCACGAACUCACGCCUAAUGACUGGGCUUCAGGUCUAUGUAGACCGGCUGUCACAGCCUUCCCGAGCGGUGCUAAUCUUCCUCCGAGUUAAUAAUAUCUCGCACACCGAGAUACCAGUGGCUCUCCGGCGAGGCGAGCAGAAGACUCCAGAGUUCACAAAGUUAAAUCCCAUGCAGAAGGUUCCAGUCAUAGUAGAAAAUGGAUUUGUUCUGACUGAAAGUGAUGCUAUUUUAAAGUAUUUGGCGACAAAAGAGGGCAUUCCUGACCACUGGUACCCUUGUGAGCCUCAGCACAGAGCAAAAGUAGACGAGUACACUGCUUGGCAUCAUACCAACACUAGAAUACAUGCUGCCAAGGUAUUUAUACAUGAGGUACUGCUGCCACGUAUGACAGGACAGCCCACAGAUCAAAAGAAGCUGGCGAGCCUGAUAGCCAGUCUUGAUGGGACUUUGGACAAGCUGGAGACCAUGUUUCUAAAGGACCAGGCCUUCCUGUGUGGGCAUGACAUAACCCUGGCUGAUCUUUUAGCAAUAUGUGAACUCACUCAGUUGUUGGCUAGUGGUCAUGAUGCACUGAAGAAUCGUCCUAAACUGCUUGCUUGGCAAAACAGGGUGAAAUCUGCACUAGGAGAUGAAUUCGAUGAAGUAAACAACAUUUUGUAUCGCUUGAGAGACAAAGCUAAACUGUAAAACAUAUGAUCUGCAGUAUGACUGCUGCAAAUAUUUUAAUUGAAAAGUGCCACUGAAAUUGCUGCAGCUCUCACUGUGGAACAAACAUCAUAAAAUAAAUCUUUCUAACAGUGAUGACACAGUUUGUGACAACAAUGAUCCAGCCCUUUCCUAUAUGUAGCACAAUGUUGUAAAACGUGUUCCUUUACAUGGUUUAUAUUCAAUGGUCUGUAUAAAAUGGAAUGUUGCACAUCCUAAUAUUUAAAUCAGGAAACUGUACAGAGUAGUCACUGUAAAAAUAGAAUCUGGUGGCUGUCAAAGUGAGAAUUUGUUGUAAAUAAAGUGGUUAAAUUAUGA